UUUAAGUUUCGAUUCCAGAGAAGCGAAGCGACGCGGCGAACCGAAACCUGUGAAACGGAAGUGAACCUACAGCUGACGGUGUGAUGUUCACUCUCUAAACUAAAUACACGAAACACUUGACGUUGAUUUUACUGAUGUCUGAAUUGCGCUGCUGGUUUCUCUCAAAACUUGGUGUGAGGGACCUCCGCUUCGGAAUGAGAGGCCUCACCAACUACCGUCUGUCCUGCUGUGUGAACACUUUACUGCAGACCUUCUCUGCUACCUGGGAACUAGCCGACCUACUGGACAAGUGGGAAGCGGCCGGUGUGAGAGACAGUCGUAAUGUCCCCCUGCAGCUAAAGAAGGUUCUCGCGGCCAUGAGGAGCGACCACCCUCAGCCUGCUCCCCAUCAUGACUUCCUCCACUGUCUGGACAGAAACUGCCUUCGCCUUUCUGUGCAGCAUGAUGCUGAUGAGGUGUUCCUCUCAAUCCUGAACUUCAUGCAACAGCAGAUGGAUGACAAAAAGCUGGCUCUUGAAAUCCAGAAUCUGUACAAGAUUUCUGUAGAGACGCGCGUGCAGUGUUUAGAGUGUACCUUCGUCCAGACUCAUACCAGCUACCUGCUCAGCCUGCCUCUGCAUAUAAAGGAAGAGCCCAAUUAUCUGGAAGGCUGCAUGACCUCCUUCUUUGUGCAUCAGGAGCUACGGGGCAUAGAUUGCUGCUUUUGUGAACAAUGUGGAAAGAAGACUCCAUCUAAACAGGAUGUCAAACUGCUCUCCCUGCCUCCUAUCUUGUGCGUGCACCUGAAAAGGUUUCGGAAUAGCUGUGGUCAAACCUGGAAACUUGAUUGCAGUGUUAUCUUUCCAGAAAACUUUGACUUCUCUGAGAUUCUUAAAGAUGCGUUCUCCCCAGACUUUGCCCAGAAUGACUGCAAGUACACUUUGCAUGCAGUGGUAGUGCACUCUGGUUAUGCAAUGUCCGGGCACUAUACUGCCUACGUUCGUCACAGGGUGAACCAGCGCUGGUACUAUGCAGAUGACAGCCACGUAGAACAGGUCACCUGGGAAAAUGUGAAGACAUCAUAUGGAGGACGUUUCAGACACACAGCAUACAUGUUAAUGUACAGAAGAAGUUCGAAAAAGGAGGGACGACAACCUGAAUUUUCCAGCUGAGAAGAUGGAUGCGGAUUAAUUAUCCUGGGGUCACAGUGCAAUAUGGGAAUAUAAACACACGAAUAUAAUUAUUUACUUGAAAUUAUUUAUUGUAAUAUUUGAUUUUGUUGUACAUGUUGAAUGGUUUUAUAUUCAAUUAUUUUUCUGACCUGAAUAUAGCUCAUUCAGAUUGAACAUCAGCACAGUCAUAUCUGCCAAACACCAGUAGGUGGCGUUGAAGACUCAAAACAGUGAAGGGUUUUCCACUCAGACCACACACACUGUGAACACACUCAAUGAUACUGGGGGGUUGGUUUGAAGAGAAUGCUUAGCUUAGAUAUUCACUGUUUGGGGGGAAAUACCUGCUAUAGGACUAAGUGUUCAUUUUCCUGACACUGCUGUAUAAUAUAUGAGUCAUCCAUGGAGAACAAUGAAUUAAUUUUUUUCUCAUUUGGGCUACCAAAAACAACAAUGCUCCUUCAGCAUCUCACUCUGAUUUGUAUGUAUUGCAUUUUCUAGCUACCUGCAGGCCUUUUACACUAUAUUACGAAAAGGAUUUGGAAUUAUACACCUUGAUGUUUUUAGCUCUUCUUCAUACAUCAACACCAGCACAUCUCCCACCACCUGAGCUCAAAAUAUACAUGUAUGCGCUGAAGGUACUGAAAAGUGCCUGUUCUGUAUAUAUUUGUUUUGAAAAUGUAUUGGGGAAACCAUCUUACAAUAAAAAGAGGUUAAACGUU